GUCGUGGUCAUGAGAGUGUCAAUUCAUUGUCAAGGAUGUGCAGGAAAAGUAAGAAAGCACAUCUCUAAAAUGGAAGGGGUGACCUCUUUCAGUAUAGAUCUGGAGACCAAGAGGGUGACUGUGAUGGGUCAUAUUUCUCCUGUAGGGGUCCUGGAGAGCAUUUCGAAGGUGAAGAAGGCAGAGUUCUGGUCCUGUUGAGCUCUAUUUACUAUGAUAAAUUUCUAUUAUUAUUGUAGUAAUUAAUUAGUAGUUAUGGUGUUCUUAAUUACAUUUGCUCCUUGAAAUAUAUGCUUUGUUUGUGUUUAAUUACUGUGACUUUGUCCUUAAUUACUUUACUUAAUGUUAAUUGCUUGUUGGUUA